AUGCGCUCACAGACACUCCUUGCCCUCUUGGCGGUUGGGCUCGCCAAUGCGUACGAUCUACCCGACAAUCUGAAGCAGAUCUACGAUGCGCACAAGUCGGGAAAAUGCAACAACAAGCUCGCCGGGGGCUUUACCGACGGCAUUGGUGGUGCUUCGACCUUUGCCUAUUGCGGUGAUAUCGAUGGUGUGAUCUAUUUGCACAGCUCCGGAAAUGGGGGCCAAUACGAUAACAUGGACGUCGACUGCGACGGGCUGAACGACAAGGGCGGGGACUGUGGCUCGGAUCAGACCGGCCAGGACGAGACCGCCUUCAAGGAUUCACUCAGCCAGUAUGGAAUCGAGGACCUGGAUGCCAACAUCCAUUCGUACGUCGUGUUUGGAAACACCAAUUUCGAUCCAUCGCAAUAUGGCAUGGAGCCAUUGAGUGUGAUGGCGGUUGUCUGUAACAACCAAGUGCUCUACGGCGUUUGGGGUGAUACCAACGGUGCAGAUUCCACGGGCGAGGCCUCUAUUGCCCUGGCUCAGAUGUGCUUCCCCGAUGAUGGCAUUAACGGGAACAACGGCCAUGGUCCGGACGAUGUGCUGUACCUUGGCUUCACUGGACAGGAUGCUGUUCCUGGAAGCUCGGCGGACUGGCAAGCGGGAGAUCGCAACGCUUUCGAGGCGAGCAUCAAGGACCUGGGCGAUCAACUGGUGGCCGGAUUGAAGGCCUAA